AUGGAGUCAUUUGUUCAAUCGACAUUUUCACCUCUGCUCAGAGAGUUGUUUUGCAGAGUUAAGAGGACAUGUUCUCCUCAGAUUUACGAGGCAGUAUUACACGAAAGAGACGGUCUCCUCACGCGUGAUGACGAUUGCGUAUCUUUCGAAUCAACUGUUCGACAGCAUUUCUAUGAACAGCCAUGGAUCAAUCAACGACGAAAAAGAUUCGAAGCCAUCGUUUUCUGUUCAUGUGCAGCACCACGAAUGUGGUUCUCUCCUCGUCUCCCGAGAGAGCUUGAGAUUAUGUACACUAUCUAUUUCAUAUACACAUUCCUUGUUGAUGAUGAGGAACCUCAAGUUUCGGACUACACAUCUCUAGUCACAAUGGAGACUGCCCCGACAUCGUUCAUGGCCAGCUUUCGUUCUCACCUCGAUACGAUGAAGAAACAUUUCUCUGACGAGGAGUAUUGGUACUUCCUGAAAGGAGUUAUCGACUUCAUUCUGAUGACGCGAAUUGAGCAUUUGCUUCACGGUCGUUGCGAAUUGGAGCGAUACAUGUCAUUUGUCAAUGAUCUCUGUAGUUGGUAUAAAGAGAGGGUAGUAGGGGACGAGGUGACAUACGAAGAGAUAAACUCUCACAUUCAAUCUGAGAAUAGCCACAAAGGCUUACAACACCUUCUAGACGAAGCUAUUGGGUGCAUGGAACGAUGUAGAGAGAUCUGCUCGGACGAGACUGAGAUACUAAAGUCAGUCGACUACUUCUUGGUUGGAUAUUUUCAAUGGCAUUUGGUCACUGGACGUUACAAGCUUGCGCCGUUUCUACAGAUUAAUAUAUCAAUGGAGACUGAGUCCUAG